GACCUUGUCGCUUUACAUUAUAGCGCGAAAAUUCACACCGCACGAUACACCACCGUGUCUCGGAAAUUUAUCACACGUAUAUUUUGUUUAUUUCACUAACAAAAAUGAUGAAACUAUGCCCCGUGUUGUUUGUGAUUGGAUUUAUUUUCAUUAACGUGGAAGGAGCACCGUUCGAUCAAAAUGACAUAAGCGCGGCUGCGGCUAAUGGUGAUUGGAAUACAUUUCACCGUCUCAUUCAAAACAAAUUUCGUUUAGCACGUAAUCGCAUUGAGGACAAAUUUAAAUUAAUGCGUCGCCGAUUGAGUCAAGGAUUCGACUUCAAACCUAAUUUUGAUAGUAUCAGAAGCUUGCAGCCUGAUGGUCCGGAUUCAAACGUGUACGGAGAAGCUCAGUAUAGCUUCCAUUCGUCUUCUAAUGUGAAUGGACAAAAGAGCGAGCAGCGCGGCGGUCGCAGGAUCGUCAACAAAAAUGGAGUAGUCGAAGAAUACGAAUUACCUUAAUC